AAAAACGAUUUAUUUUUUAUUUUUAAUUUAUUUUUAAUUUGUCUCUCUCUCUCAAAGUUUCUUGGGAGAGCUUUUACAACAAUGGCGAUGAGGAAGCUUUUAUCGAAGAAGCUCUUCAACAUGACGAAUGUCGCGUCGCAGAGUCUUAUGAAUUGCCGUAUCUCGUCUUCUGCUUUGGCCGUACGAACCAGAGUCCCGAAUGAAUCAAGUGAUACGGCGAGAAUCGCACCGGAGCCUGGGGAUUUGGGGAAUCCGCGGCGGUUUUUGCAUAACACGGCUAUGAUUCGGCCGGAGAUUAUGCAGAUGCCGGUCGGUGAGAGUUUAAUUGAAAAGAUCCGUGAAAUCGACGGGAGUAAGGAUCGGAUUCGAUUAGACGGACUCGCUCCUCCGGUUAAGGAGGAGACGGAGACGACGACGGGAUUGACGGUGGAGGAUACGAAGAAGCUGCUUAGAGCGGCGCAGAUUGAGGUUGUGAAAUCGAAGCUUAGAGAAACGGGGAGAAGCUGGAUGCCGUAUUCGGAGUUUGUUACCGUUUGUGGUGAAGCUUCUUCAGAUCCAGAUCUAGGAUCUAGAAUCGCCAAGAUGCUUGAUGAUUCAGCAAACGUCAUCGUUUUGGGAGAUUCCGUUUGUCUAAGGCCUGAUCAGGUUACAAAAUCCAUCGAAGGACUGCUUCCUUUGCCAAAGAUCCGUAACCCAAAUGACCCACGGAGGAUUGAGUUGAAAGAGCUCGAAGCUGAAAAGGCAGUGCUUGAUGUGAAAGCGCACUCUUUGGUGCGGAAAGAGCUCUGGGCUGGUCUUGGUUACUUGAUACUACAGACCGCAGGGUUCAUGAGGCUAACAUUUUGGGAACUCUCAUGGGACGUGAUGGAGCCGAUAUGUUUCUAUGUCACGUCCAUAUACUUUAUGGCUGGUUACGCGUUUUUCCUCAGGACAUCGAAAGAGCCUUCUUUUGAAGGAUUUUACCAAAGCAGGUUCGAGGCGAAACAGAGAAAAUUGAUGAAUGAUUAUGAGUUUGAUCUGGAGAGGUAUGAUGAACUGAAGAAGCUCUUAUGCUCUUCAAAGCCUUCAGCUCAUGUUUCCAACAUUCUUGGAGCUAUCAAGAGUUGAAAAUUUUGAUUAGGGGAAAACAAAACAAAAAAAUGCUUAGAUUCAAUGUUGUUGUCACACAUAUGGUGUCUGAUUUUUCCUAACUAGUGAAGUCUACCAAAAAAAAAAAAAAAAAUUGGUAGUAUUCUCAAAUUUUCAGAUUUCUAAAGGAUAAAGACAAAAUGUUUGUUCUUAUUAUAGCGGCUUAUGUAAUAUCAGGGAAGAGUUAAGUUUUUGUU